AUGGCAACUUCAAAUUCUACAAAUCAAGAGCCUGAUAUUGUUAAUGAAGUUUUAACGACAACUAAACAUGACCACGUUGAUAAUUUUAAACAGUUUGAAGAAAUUGUAUUAAAAGAUAUUUCAGUCUUAGAUCUUGAAAAUUUUGAUGAUCCGUCAAGUUGGAUAAUAACAGUUGAAGAUAUUUUCCAAACGUUAAAAUACAAAGAAAGAACAUUUGUUUGUCUUGUGUAUGAUUAUUUACAUCCAAGCUUACAGCAGUGGUAUGAUAACAAUUCUUCUUCGUUCCAAACAAAUUGGACUGAAUUUAAAUACCAACUAAUUACUUUAUUUAAUCAACCAUCAUCGUCCGUAAUAACAAAACACGUAUCUUUCAGUGAACAAAGUAAACCUAAUCAAGAGGAAGAUUCUCACCAACAACAAGAAACAGAAUUGCAAAAACAAAGGGAAGAACAAAUUCAAUCAGUAGUUAGCGCCAUCCCAUAUUUUGAAGGAAUUGGAGCGGAAGCUUGGUUUUCAAAUUUGCUUCUGCUUCGCAAAUUUGGAGAACUAGAUUUAGAACCAGAUCUAAUGAUGUAUUAUGUAAAAGAAAAAUUUAUUGGAAUGCCAUUAAUAUGGUAUUAUGAAAACCUUUCCAAAUUCGAAGAUUUUCCUUCUUUCGUUAUGUCUUUUCGAUUAAAAUACAUCGACCCUCCUUCUAUCGUUCAAAAUGCAACAAAAUCUUCUUUAACAAAUAUCACUGAACAAAAACCUGAUAAUACAACAACAAUUUCUUCAAUUUCUAAACAUCAGUCUGUUGAAAAUAUUCUUCAAAAACAUUUAUAG